AUGUUGUUGUCAUCACGAACGGGUGAUGAGUAUGAUUUCGACUCUUCAGAUGAAGAAGACGUGAGAAAUACUGUUGGAAACAUACCAUUGCAAUGGUAUGAUUCCCUAGCGCACAUUGGUUAUGAUACCUCUGGAAGACCUAUAAUGAAGCCAGAUAUUUAUCAUGGAAAACCUGAUGCUAUUGACGAAUUUUUGCGUAACACUAACAUCGAAGAUGGAGGAUCAAGCGUAGAGUGGCGUUGUAUACGUGACCCACAUACUGGACAGUUAGUGUUGUUAAGUGAUGGUGAUUUGGAGAUUGUUCACAAUCUGUGA